GGAUCUCCGCUCCAUCACCCCGCUGCCCCUCCACUUGUCCCGCGCUGGAAUGGACACGCUUUCCUGCGGUUGCACCGGGCUCGGAAGUGGAUGGAAAAUGCGGCCGGACCAGAAAGCCGUCAGUCGCCGGAGCAGCCUGGGCGUCGGUGAUUUUUGCGAGUGGUGACUGCAGAAAUCUAGCAACGUGUCGGCGGGUGUGCAGACCACUGGUGCGCGCUUGGAGAGGAAGAAUGGACCACGCUCGCUCGCCAAACCAACUGUCUCCUUUUGCUUUCUAGCUGCAUGUUUGAACUAUAAAGUCGCGCAGGCGGGAUUGUUUGAUUCAUUGAUCGUGUUUUUGACACUGGAGGAGGAAUUCAUGCGUCGAUAGCUGAGGGGGCCAAUAUGCCAGAAUGGGUCCUCUACAAUAUUUAUUCCUCUGUGGACUUCUCUAUACCAAAACCCAUGGGUCUCGAAUCCGCCAGGAGGACUCACCUCCUCGUAUUGUCGAGCACCCUUCUGACCUCAUCGUGUCCAAAGGGGAACCAGCCACUCUUAACUGUAAGGCAGAAGGCCGGCCCACCCCAACGGUGGAAUGGUACAAAGAUGGGGAGCGCGUGGAGACAGACCGCGAUAACCCCCGCUCUCAUCGCAUGCUCCUGCCCAGCGGCUCCCUCUUCUUCCUACGCAUUGUCCACGGGCGCCGAAGCAAGCCUGACGACGGCAGCUACGUGUGUGUAGCUCGCAACUAUCUGGGAGAAGCAAGGAGCCGGAACGCGUCGCUCGAAGUCGCAUUGUUGCGAGAUGACUUCCGACAAAACCCCCAAGACAUAGUGGUGUCAGUUGGGGAGACUGCUAUUCUUGAGUGUCAGGCUCCACGUGGGCAUCCUGAACCUACAACCUUCUGGAGGAAAGACAAAACUCGCCUGGACCUCAAAGAUGAACGGAUCACGGUGCGUGGAGGGAAGUUAACCAUCUCCAACACAAAGAAGAGUGACGUGGGGAUUUAUGUGUGCGUGGCCGUCAACAUGGUCGGUGAAAGAGAAAGUGAGAAAGCUCAACUGUCUGUCUUCGAGAGACCAGUGUUUGUGCAGCGACCUAUGAACCAGGUGGUCUUGGUUGACGAGAGCGUUGAGUUCAGGUGUCAAGUCCAAGGUGACCCACCGCCUACACUUCGCUGGAAGAAAGAUGAUGUGGAUAUUCCCCGUGGAAGAUAUGACAUCAAGUAUGACAAAGAGGAUUUCCUGCUCAGGAUAAAGAAAGCGUCAGUCAGCGAUCAGGGAACCUUCAGCUGUCUGGCUGAGAACCGUGUGGGUAAAGUGGAGGCGUCUGCCUACCUCACCAUCAGAGAGGCGCCUCAGUUUGUGGUGCGACCCCGCGACCAGAUCGUGGUUCAAGGCAGGACGGCCACCUUUCCCUGCGAGACCCGGGGUAAACCUCAGCCCGCUGUCUUCUGGCAGCGAGAGGGUAGCCAGGAUCUGAUGUUCCCCAGCCAGCCAUCACAAGGAGACAGUCGCAUGUCGGUGUCUGUGAAUGGAGAGCUGACCAUUACGUCCGUGCAGCGCUCCGAUGCCGGCUAUUACAUCUGCCAAGCCCUGACUGUCGCUGGAAGCAUCAUGGCCAAAGCCCAGCUUGAAGUUUCAGAUGCCCUGAAGGACCGCCCCCCACCGAUCAUCCGGCAGGGCCCGUCCAACCAAACACAGGCCUUGGGGGGUGUGACCAUCCUCAGGUGUCAGGCGCUGGGAGACCCACAGCCCACGGUCACCUGGAGAAAGAAUGGGGUCAGUCUGCUGGGAAAGGACCCGAGGUUCUCUCUGCUGGAGCAUGGAAGUCUUCAGAUCCAGAACGCAAUGCUCUCGGACUCAGGGCUGUACACCUGCGUGGCAACUAGCUCUAGUGGCGAAACUUCAUGGAGCGCAUACUUGGACAUCAAAGACUCCACAGACCUUGUGGACUUCAUGUCAAACAACGGCACCGCUCUUCCCGGGCCACCGUCCAAGCCAGAGGUCACCGAUGUGACCAAGAGCAGUAUAUCGUUGUCAUGGGAACCAGGAGCAGAGUCGGGUUCCUCAGUGUCCUCCUAUGUCAUCGAGGCUUUUGGCCAGUCAGUGAGUAACAGUUGGCAGACCAUGGCAGACCACGUAAAGACCACAGAGUUCACGGUCAAGGACCUUCGACCAAACACCGUCUACCUGUUUAUCAUCAGAGCUGUCAAUGUUCAAGGGCUCGGGGACCCCAGCCCGAUGUCUGAGCCGGUGCGGACACAAGACAUUAGUCCACCGGCUCAGGGAGUGGACCAUCGUCGCGUGCAGAAGGAGCUGGGGGACGUGGUGGUCAGCAUGCAUAACCCUGUCGUCCUCAGCUCCACUUCAGUGCAGGUCACAUGGACCGUGGAGAAUCCAUCCCAGUUCAUUCAAGGCUACCGUGUCUUGUACCGCCAGACAUCAGGGCUGCCCUCCCCGGGCCCCUGGCAGAUCCAGGACCUGAAGGUCGCCUCCGAAAGGGACAUGACCAUCUCUGGUCUGAAGAAAGGCAUUGUGUAUGAAAUCAAAGUGAGGCCGUACUUCAACGAGUUCCAGGGCGCAGACAGCGAAUCCAUGACGGCCCGCACCAUGGAGGAAGCUCCAAGUGCACCUCCCCAGCAAGUGACGGUGUUGACAGUCGGGACCCAUAACAGCACAUCCAUCAGUGUGUCGUGGGACCCUCCCCCCUCGGACCAACAGAAUGGUAUUAUCCAGGAAUACAAGAUCUGGUGUCUGGCCAACGAAACACGCUUUCAUGUCAAUAAGUCUGUGGACGCAACCAUCCGUUCAGUGGUUGUCGGCGGCCUGCAGGCGGGGGUGCAGUACCGUGUGGAGGUGGCUGCAGGCACCAGCGCAGGAGUGGGGGUCAAGAGCAAAUCCCAGCUCAUCAUCUUGGGUGCUGAACAGAGGGACGUAAUGACCGGUUCGGAGGGCAACAAUAGCAUCUCCGACGUGGUGAAGCAGCCGGCCUUCAUUGCCGGUCUGGGAGGAGCCUGCUGGAUCGUCUUGAUGGGCUUCAGUGCCUGGCUCUACUGGAGAAGGAAAAAGAGGAAGGGUCUGAGCAACUACGCAGUUCAAUCCUUCACCUUCACUCGUGCAGUUACAUUCCAAAGAGACAGAGGCCUCAUCAGGAAUGGAAGUCGUCCGGGUCUGUUGAAAGGCGGUGACCCCGGGCUGCCGUGGCUGGCUGACUCCUGGCCAACAACAAGCCUCCCAGCGAACGGAGAUUUAGGAAGUCCGAAGGGCAGCAGUAACUUUGGCCGAGGAGAUGUUCUGCCCUCUGCGUCGAUGGAGAAGACAGGCACCAUGCUGUCCGACGGUGCCAUCUACAGCAGCAUUGACUUCAUGGGGAAAGCAGGCUACAGCAGCCCUGCACGUGGUGCUCAACCUGGCCCCUACGCCACAACCCAGAUCCUGCAGUCCAACAGCUUCCAUGAGCUGGCAGUGGACCGGCCUGAUCCCCGCUGGAAGGCUUCUCUGCAGGCCCAACAGGAGAUGGCCAACAUGGGAUACUCCUUAACCGACAGACGGCCAUGCAAUGGUGCAAAGGUUGGGAAAAAGAAGAAGGUGAAGGGUGGAACAAAGAAAUCUAAUGGGACAUGUUGGGCGAACAUGCCCCUGCCUCCACCACCCAUGCACCCUCUCCCUGGAACAGAGGUCGACCUUGACCGCUACCCCCAGGAAAAUCACGGAGGAGGGUAUGACACCAAUAGUUGGGCUCCGGCUAUUUCAGUCCCAAGCUUCUGCCAUCAGAGUUUGGACAAUGAGGUAGAGGAAGACAGAGGGCCCACUCCCCCACUGAGAGGACGAGCGUCCUCUCCUGCUACGUCGUCUGCCGCUCCCUUCUGCCAGCCCUCGUCCUCUUCUCUCAGCUCCGCCCACCAUGAGGAGAUGCAGUCCAUUCUGCAAGCGCACCUGGACGAGCUGACCCGAGCUUACCAGUACGAGGUGGCCAAGCAGGCCUGGCACAUAAAGAGCAGUUCCAACAUGUCCAACACCUCCAUCCCACCCAUGGACUUCCUGUCCAGCACGUUGGGUUCAGACCUGGGAAAGACGCUUCUAUCGGAGGAUGAAGAGGAGGAGGCGGAGCAAAGAUAUGCUGUGGUGUCAAAGAACUCCGGCGGCUUUGAUUACUCCUCUGGACACAGCGGGGACCAUCUGGAAUACUCGGGUAAGCUCCCGCAGCAGUGUCGCUCAGACAGCCCCAGCAUGGCGGACAAGAGUACACACAGCCUUGGCCACCAGAGGGUGCCACAAUCUGGCCUCAGAUCACAGGCAGACAAGGUUGGGACUCUGCCCAGACGGAAAGAUAACCACUCAGACGCAGCCCACACGCCUGCUGCGAAGCCGCUGCACAGCGUGGGUUCUCGUCUGCACAGCUCGUGGGCAGCUGCGGCACCAGACCCCUCUGACGAGUGCAUGGUGACCGUGUCGACGCUGGAGCGUCAGCAUAUGGCUUCCUGGAGCGGCAGCGCAGCAUCUAACAGGGCCACCAUGGGCCGGGGCUCCCACAAGAGACCCGGCACAGAUCUCUGCCACAACGGCCACCUACCAACCAACAGCACAGAGAAGCUGGACCACUAGUUGUGGUGACACAUCAUCUCCUGCUGGUCCCAGGACUCCAGAUUUUCCUCACUAGAGUGCAGAACGACAAGGAGAUGAAAAGAAUCAAGGGAAGCUGCAGAUGUGUAAAUGUCAUGUACAGACACGGACACUUGUCUCACAGUGUAACUUUGACCCCCUCUCUUCGAAAAAGAGUCGACAAUGUGUUAUAUGUCUGCUUCUAUUUCCUGUCACUUGAUGUUCACGCGGAGGCGAUCGAGAGGAAACGUCACAAGACUUGUGCAAAUGGACUUGCAGAAUUUGUACAUAAGUUUUUUAAUGUUAUCUUUCUGUUGCUUUGCUAUGCAAGCCAAACUCUGACGCAGUCUCUCUUGUGAUUUAUUACUGUGAAUCUUUUUUCAUUGAUGCUCAAACUUUGAUGAAGCUACUGUAUCAUUGUACUUUGCACAGAGUGUUUUUUGGUGAAAAAUAAGCACAAAUUGUCGGCUAAGCUGAGGAGGAGAAUCAUUUUGGCUGGGAGGGUUCAUCUGAAGUGUGGAUGUAAACUUUGGCUGCAGUUGCUCAGAUAUUCUCAUAUUCACGGGAAGCGCGUGGAUAGAUUUUACAGCUCACUUAACACGACAUGGACUUGAGCACUAUUUACACCCGGACGAAAACAGUGAAAUACAGUUGGAGGGGUGGAUUAUUGAGGCCAACAAUACUUUGACUUUAUUAUAUAUUUAACAUUUCACUCAUUUCAGUUGUGUGC